AGGUCUUGUAGAAAAAGUGAAGCUUUUGCCUGAAGCUGCUGAUCUAUGGCCAGUGUAUUUGAAAAUGCCAUUCAGCAUGUAUGUGGAAAAGGUGUAUCUCGAUAAGUGCCUUCAGUUCACCAGUUUCGAGAGCUACAAUAUUUCUUCCUAUGAAAAAGUCAAGUAUGUGCCUUUCUCACGCUUGGGUGACCCUGUGUUAUGCAGUUACCUCGUCUGUUCAGUAGAGUCAUUUCCACCAUCCACGUCUUGCUCUUUUGAUGUUGAAAUCCACACACCAUUGUCACCAUAUUCCAUCCUGUAUUCAUCGGUGUCCAUGGAUUUCUGCAUCUUUAACGGCAUUGGACGAACUAGGCUGGUGCCAAAUACUUUGUACCUGCUGAUAUUUCAACCUGUAUUCACCUGCGUCGGCAACCGAGGAAUAACCACAGUUGUGAGGGGCAACAAGUUAGGCGUGAUAAUUUCAACAGACUGCAACACAGUUUCUGUAAAGGCGAAUACAAAAUGCAUUCCUUACGACAAAAUCUCAAAUCCGGUAUUCUGUAGAGAUCUGUUCCACAUGGCAGAGUCUGUUUCUCCAUCAGUGUUCAAUCAGAUCAGAUAUGAUCUCGAGAUACACACUUCACUAUCAGAGACAAUCUCAUAUCCAUUUGUGUCAGGUGACUUCUCAGAUGCCAGGACACCAGGAUGACCAGAAACACCUCGGAUGUACGAAAGUGGAUAAUUUAAACAAUAAAAUCUAAGUAAUGUUUGAUUUCAGUGAUCAUAACCGGCUCUAAUAGUGAAAAACAUGCCAUGGUGCUUAAACACUUGGGUCUGUCUGUUUAAAGGAACUGCAUGAGCACUAGUAACGAUCUACCAUGCAUAUAUGUGUUGGCUUUGUCAAAUUAAUCGUUUUAGCUCAGUUAUGCUGUUCAUCAUACCUAUUCUUAGAAAUGAAAUGUUUUAUUUAACGACGCACUCAACACAUUUUAUUUACGGUUAUAUGGCGUCAGACAUAUGGCCAAGGACCACACAUAUUUUGAGAGGAAAC